GCAGCCUGGCCUCCCCAGACCAGCGGGGGCGGGGAGAGACUUAGAGGGUUCCCUUGCACAAAACCCUCGUGGGACUCAGUGUAUGAGCCUAGCUCUCCUGGGGCGCUGGAGGAGUGAGUGAACUCCUCUCCCACUGACCUAACCCACCUCCCCGCUCCUUGCAGGAUGCGCCCCCCCAGGGCCGGUCCCCGAGGGCACGAUCCGCCUCUACAGCAUGAGGUUCUGCCCCUACUCGCACAGAACCCGUCUCGUCCUCCAGGCCAAAGGAAUCAGAUACCAAGUUGUCAACAUUAAUCUGAGAAGCAAGCCUGAAUGGUUCUAUACAAAGCACCCCUUCGGCCAAAUACCUGUCCUGGAAAACAGCCAGUGUCAACUCAUCUAUGACUCUGUAAUCAUUUGUGAAUACCUGGAUGACGCGUAUCCUGGAAAGAAGCUGUUUCCAUGUGACCCUUAUGAGCGAGCUCGCCAGAAGAUGUUAUUGGAGCUAUUCUGUAAGGUCCCAUAUUUGACCAAGGAGUGUCUGAUAGCAAUGAGAUACAGGAAAGAAUGCUCGGACCUGAAGGCGGCCCUGCGUCAGGAAUUCUGCAACCUGGAAGAGAUUCUUUGCUAUCAGAAGACCUCCUUCUUUGGCGGGCACUGUAUAUCCAUGAUUGAUUACCUCCUUUGGCCCUGGUUUGAGCGGCUGGAUGUAUAUGGGGUAGCUGACUGUGUGGACCACACCCCAACACUUAAGCUCUGGAUGGCAGCCAUGAAGCAGGACCCCACAGUAUGUGCUCUUCUCAUAGAUAAGAGCACUUUCCUGGGCUUCUUGAAACUCUAUUUUCAGAACAGCCCUGAUGCCUUUGACUACGGGUUAACUUGUUGAGCCUCACAGUCCACCCCUUCGCCAUCCAAAAUUCCCAAGCAUGCUGUGAUUCUGCAUUGGGGAUUGCCUUGGGGGUCAGUCAAUCUCUGUUCAUUUUCUUUGAGGUUCCCAAUAAAAAAGGAAAUAUAUUCUUUCUGAUAAUCAUUUGUCUGACUCCUCUAGCCUGUAGUUUCUAAAGAUUCUUUAGAAAGUGCCCAGUGCUAAUCUGAGCACGUUUUGGGAGCCCUUUAUCCCAGUUUGUCCUCCAGAUUUUUGGUGCUGGUUGUGAUGUUGAGGUCCAGGGCCUACGUCUCACUGAUGUUUGUCAUACAGAUUGACACCCUACAAAGACCUCCCUUGUGAAAUAAAGGCAGUAGAAGACGGAGAAGGAAGACGAAAACCCUCUAAUUCCAAAUGUUCUCCAUUUGGCAAAUGAAAACUGCCGUCCACGUGGGCGUGUAUGAUUCUCAUCCUCAUUCAAACUUUGGCAGUGGGCCCAGGAGACACCAAGGGUCUUAUGACUGGAAAGAAUUCCAAAGCAGGAAAGGAAACUCCAGUUUAUCACCCUGCACCGAAUACGUCAGAAUUUUGACUGGUGCUGUCAGGGCUCAGGAUGUUUCACAAAAUGCUCUAUAGCAGACAUCCUGCUUUUAAAAAAUACAUGCCCCCAGCCCAGUCAUGGGCAGAGGUCACUCUGUUGGAUUUGUGUCACACACUGUUGAGUGUUUCAAAUUGUUCCCACAAAUGCCUCUGGUUGCCUGUUGGAUACUAGCCAUGGGUCAUGUGGGAGUGUACAGGUGACAAGGGCAUUGGCCGUGCCCACAGGAGUCCUGAUUUCCCAUUCAUUUGGUAGGCUGCUGAUGGUGGGGAUCUAGUCUCCAUCCAGAAAUGGCCCCUCUGCCGGCUGGGCUAGGCAGUACUGCACCACUGAGGACAAAAGCCAAGAAGGGUAGAGAGUGGGGUGGCACGUGUUUUAGGCUGGGAGCUUCUAUCACCUAUAGGAGCGGGACCAAGUCUAGAUAACCUCAGUGUCUAGAUAACCAUCAGCCCAUGAUCAUUUCAGCUUUUUUUCAGUAUGUCUGUUCUUCCCAGCCUGCCAGUCAUGCCAAGACAUCAGGCAGGAGUGAUGUUUUCAGUUGUCCGUUCUCACUGCCCCUGCCUCUGACUCAGCCCAAACCAGCCCGCUUCCUCCCCGCAUCUCAGCCCAGCCCUGCCAUCUGCUGGCUCUGGGUGUGUUUUGACCCAUAAAUGGUUACCCGGUGUUACUCCCUGCCAGUUGGACAGAAGCAAGCUUGCUUAGUGAGGUGGCCUGGUCUGGCAGAACGGGUGCCACGUGCCGGGGGUAGUGUGCUAUGCCAUCUGCUGAGGAUGUGGCACCCUGUUGCCAUGGCACUGAGCUAAUGCAGAGUGAGGUAUGUGAAUCAUUGUUUUUUGAGGAUCGUUGUUAGAGAAGUGUCUCUGGGGCCUCUGAUGAGCCUUUGCAGGUAUAAAUUCUGUGUGCUAGAGUGUUUAACAUGGGAUCAAAGUUGCUGUUGACACACCUGAUGAUGGCGUAUCUCUGGGUGGCCAAAACCAUAGAUACUCUUUUUGGGACUCCACAUACUUAACUAAUUUAGAAAGCGUGCAGAACCAGAAAAUGAAGGAUGGAGAAAAGCAGUGGUGGGGAAAGUAAGGGGUACAGACUGGUGGCCCCCAGCCCACUUUGGGAUUUGAGUGCCUUUCAGCCAGGUGGGCUCUCUGCAGUUUGCCAGGGGCCCCAUCACUUACACUGCCUUAUAUCUCCUCCUUCUCACUCAUUUAUGUCAUCUGUGACCCUCAAAAAGACCUGAGUCUCAACCUCUGGAUGAAACUAGAAGGAGUUAGCCUGGAGAAAAGAACAAAUGAGGCAAUGAGAGCAGUGCUGCAAGAAGAGCUUGUAAAAUACCUCUUCUUUUACUGGGCUGAGGGGAGGGCAGAAAUAAUUCACAUAGGUUAAAAAAAUACGAUAAUGCAAAAAAGAAAAAAAAAGGAAGUCCUCCAUUAUGCCCCAGAAAUAACCACUUCUUUUUUUUUUUUUUUAACAGCUGGUGUUUAUUUUACAAAAGCUUUUGAAACUUAAGGAUUUCAGGUGAAAGCUGCUCUCUAUUUCCUAUAAAAAAAAAAUAGAUUGGAAAAAGAGGAAAUUAGUUUAAACCACAGCCUUCGAAGGAACCACAUUGUACUAGAUGCUGUUGUCAUUAGAACUGGCCGUCAUGGAAGCUGUGUGGAUUUUCCUUCCUUGGAGGCUCAGAAAUAGAACCCAGCCUGGACUGAGUCCAGUUAUAUCCUAACAGGGUGGUGGUAGCAGUAGGGACAGCUGGCAGCAGUGGGGGAGGAUGGUGACUAAAUGCUAUUUGAAAUUCCUUCUACCUCUAAGAUUCUCUGAUCUCAGGUAACAGAAUCAGCUGUGUGUGUUUAAGUGGAUUUACUCUACAUUAUAAGGUACAAGCUAGAGCUUUCCUUUCAACCCUGCAGGGACUGCCUACAUGUGCCCCCCACAUUGCCCCUUGGAGCUUUGGUGGUGGUGGUGGUGAUGGUGGUAGUGGUGGUAAGGGGGGAAUCUCACCCUUCAUUUCUCACCUUCAUAUCUCCCCUGGUUCAUGUUUCCUUGUCAAAGUCAUUAGCCUUCUUGAUUGAUAGAGGAGAGACUGUGCUGCUGUUUUGAGAACAAAGCUUGACUCCCUGUAGUUUAUGUCAGCCUAGUUCCCAUGUUAUCUAAAAUCUUCACAAACAGCCAGGUAUCCAAUCCAGGAGAGUUCUCAUUGAUUAGCCUUCAGGCCCCCUGUUACUCCCACAUGCACUGAACACUGUGCCCACCCAGGAGACCCAUUUCCAUUCAUCUCCAUCUGUGAGUUCCUGGAAGGGUGGCCAUUUGGUCCUUUCAGAACAUUUCACUCACAUCUGGGUUGUUCUAGCCCUUGCAUCUUUGUAAAUGCCGUUUCCUCCCCUCUCUAAUCUUCCUCAGAGCACCCUUCUGUUUUUUCUCAAACAGGCUUUUCUCUCACAAAGUUCAGAUCAUAACUCUUCUAGUGCAAGUAGAGGCAGUGUGACAUAGUGUGUAAGACUAGGGCUUCGUGGUUAGACACACUGGGCUCAAGUCCUGGCUCUGCCACUCUAAUUAAAUUCCUUGGGCAAGUUGCUUAAACUCUUUGAGCCUCAGUUUCUUAUCUGUAAAAUGGGAUCCCUAAGAACCUGUUUCAUAGGGUUAUUAGAGAACAAUGAGGUAAGGCCUUAGCCCUGUGCCAGUGAAUACUAUCAUGAUGAGGGUCUCGCUAAUGAUCAGACUGUGUUCUUUCUCCCGUCACUUUGUGGAAAAAGAUGUCCGAUGUUACAUGUGGCUUGAUUCAUGAUUUUGGAGUUGUUUUCUGGUUGUUUUGCGUGUGCGGACUUAAUCUCAAAUGACCUGGGAGCCCUUGGAAGCUGGAACUCUUGUCACUCCCCCUUCCCGGUUCCACCCACCCCAAGGCCUAGUUUAAUACUGUGAAUCAUGAAAUCUUGCAAUAUUGCUGGUGAUAAAAUAAAUUCCCUUCUCCUACUCUGGAGGAGUCGUCAGAACCUCACUUCUCUGCUCUUUUGGAGCAGUUUAUUUCCUUCUGAGGGUUAAUAUGCAAGGCAGCUGAAAUGCCCAUGGGCCUGACCCUGUCACGAGGCAGCUGGGGUACUGAAUGGACCACAAAAACUCCCCAGGACUUGGAUGCUGCUGGCUCAUGGAAAGGUUGAUUACACAGGGGCUCUACAGAGAAGAACUGUGGGGUACUCUGCUCUGUCAUUUCCUGCCAAGGAUCCACCAUGAGCAUGAAUGCCCUCACAGACAGUAAAGGUCCUCAGCCCACUUUGUCAUUAGCGGAUAGCCUCCCUCCAGCGGGCAUGGCUGAAUGGCAACAGUCAGCUCCCUGGGUUAGAGAGGAAAGAGACAUUUCCGGCCUGUCCUGGGCCAAGGCAGGCUCCAUGCCUGCACCGGCCACCAAGGGAACCCUGAGCAGCAGGAGUAGACUCUGUCCCAGCUCCUGAGGAGCAGCAGGACUAGGCAGGGCCUGGGAAUGAGGGAGAUGGAUGUCUGUUAGCAGGAACCUCGGCCUUUGCUAAAUCUGAGUUUAUGCUUCCCAACCUGUAGACUACAUGAAUUAUGCUCGGGGGCUUAGAAAAUCUCUCAAAGGAUGUGUGUGUGCACGUGUCUCUGUGUGUUUCUACUUACUAUAUCCCAGGAACUUUAUGUAUUAUUUAUACCUCAGAGCUUUAUGAGCUAAUUCCUAACAACUCCCAUUUAACAGAUGGGUAAACUGAGGUUUGGAGAUAAAGUAACUUGCCCAAAUGUCAUAUAGCCAGUAAUGGCUACAGUAGUGAAUGCUGACUCCAGAGCCUGUGCCCUUAGCACCCCUCUGCCUCCUUAUGGCCCAGCACUACCCUCACCCUCUGCCCUUCCCUGCCUUCCUCUUGUGCUUUCCCCUCUAGAAUAGCAAGAAUAGUGUCUCACUUAACUCUGCACCUGGAACAGUGCCUGGUAUACAGCAAUGAUGAAGUGUUUCUGGAUGAGCACAUGCAUGUAUAUGUGAUUGGGUGAAUGAACGAACUGAAUGAAUGGAUUGUGGACCUUAGAAGCCUGACUCUUUCCAGGGAGCCCAUCGUGAAGAUAGCUGUCACAGUCUUUUGCCCCCGCUGUGCUGCCCAGAACAGACGCCUGUGUCUCCAGAAAGCUGGGAAUGUCCUCCUGGAUAUACUCGUUCUAGCUGUUGUUGCUAUGGCAACUGCUGGUCUAAGCUCUGGCUGUCUUCUGUGAAGAAACUAGAGGAGCAGAGAGGUGAGAAGGGUCAAGGCAAGAGACCCCACUGAUUUCCUCAAAAUGACGAAACAGUUCCUGGAGGGCCAAGGUUGAGGAAGCCCCCAUGGAAGACAGACUCAAACGUGGUCAAGUGUGGAAGGAGGUACUCAUGAGAAGCCUCACCACCACUGGAGAGAAAAGCCAGGAAGUAGGAAUCUGGCUGGAAGGAGCCCUCCUAAGGGCAAGGGUAAUAAGCACUGCCAUUUUUUGUUGAUGAGCUUAUAAUUUGUCAGGCCCCAAGCUAAGUGCUUCACAUGUACUGUUUCAUUUAAUCUUCUUGAUGGCUCUAUGAGGUGGGCAGUAUUAUUCCCAUUUUAUAGUUGAUGAAACUGAGGCUCACAGAAAUUGAGACUUGUCAAGUUAGGACACGACACAGCUGAUGUUGAACACAGAGCCCAAGCUCCCUCCCUAUGCUAUUUUACUAUUUCUGGUGUCUCAUUUUACACUCUCUCCUGCCGUCUCUUUGCACCUGCUUUGUCAUGGGAGAAGUCUGGGUACCUAGUGGGCAGGACCUCACAUGUAGCAGUCACAUAGGUGGACAUAGGGCAAGGGGUCCACUCUUAUUUUUCGCUGGAUUAUUGAACAUCCAGGCUGAACAAGUUGGCUGCUUGAAGUCUUGUCUCGUUCUGGAUGCGUGGAGCUUCAGUAGCUUCCCUGCCUGGUCAGAUUAUAAAAUGUGGUAAGAAGGAAAUAAAUGUGUGGAGACGGCUUCUUAGAAAACAGCAAAGCUGUGGAUAUUAAGAGAGCUGAACAUCACCAGGGCCUCUGGCCCUCAGUCUGGCUCUACUUAAGACCCCUGCCGCAGUCUGGGUUGGUCCUGAUUCCUGGAGUAGGGAGCAUGUAUGGGCUGACUAGUUGUCCUUGGCUCAGUGGUCUUGGGGCAGAUCUGGGGGUUCCAGAUCCCUAGGAAGGGGCUGAUUCAGCGUUAGCUAUGCCUUUUGGAAGAGACUCAAGGCCACGGUCAGGCCUUGGGGGUCCAACCACUGUCCCAGGAGACCUUCGGGCUAGCAUAGCUCAGUCCACUCACCAGCAAUAGGGAAGCAAGGAAGCUGUGGGGGCUGUGAGUCAUCUCUGGCCAGUUGGGACCGCAGGCUUGUGAGAAGUGAGAGUAACUGGGUCCUUGCUUGUGCUUUCUAUUUUAAACAAGAGUUACCCUAAGAAAAACCUAAAAUAUCACUGUUCAGCAGGUUUUAAAGAAACAGAUUGGGCCAGAUUCUUCCAAAUCUCCUACCUCACCCCUGUCCUACAAAUCUCACGUACUCUUUGAAGACCUGCCUUUUCCCAUCAAGAAAACAAGAAAUGUCUUCCUCGUCAUCGAACGUCUCUGAGGUUUGUGUGGUUCUCUUGGAGGGAGAUAAUUUGUUGUUGACAGUUUUGUUUUCAGGGUUCUUUGUGGGGCUGCAGAGGAACAACAAAGGGAUGGAAAAUGCCAUUUUCACCUAUAAAGCUGGGGCCCCACAUCGUGCAGGAAGAAAUAAACCCGCCCUAGGCUCAGAUGAAUAGAGCACAAACAUUUGAGAGACAGAAUGACAGUUGUGUUGAUCUGACUUUCUUUUGGGAGGCUCUUCACAUUUUCCCCCGUGUAAGGGAGUUAAAUCUGGUACAGCUCAAACUCAAAGCUUAUCUGGCUGUUCUCACACUGUCCUCACAAGGCAUCAGAUACACACAGUUUCACUUUCAAUUACUUACUUUCAUUGAUCUCCGGCUUUUUAGUGGCCAUAGUCUUGUCUUCCUAGUAGACUCGGUUCCUUGGCGGACAGAGCCCUUGUCUCAUUACACUUCUGUCCACUACAUAGUGCCUGACUCAGGGCAGAGCACAUGCUUCGCUAGGUACUUGGUUAAAAUGCCUUUUCCUCAUCUUGAGUCAUGAUGACUCAAUACUUCUUUUUAAGAUAAGAUGCUCAGUGGUGAAUCUGUAGACAGCAAGUUGGUGAGUACCACACCAGUACCAGUUGCCACCGAGUUGAUUGCAACUCAUGAUGACCCAUGUGUGUCAGAGUACAGUUGUGCUCCAGAGGGUUUUCAAUGGCUGAUUUUUGGAAAGUAUAUCACCAAGCUUUUCUUCUGAAGUACCUCUGGGUGGGCUGGAAUUGCCAACCUUUCAGUUAGCAGCCUAGCAUGUUAACCAUUUGCAACACCCAGGGACUCCUUGGUGAGUAGGGACUAUAACAAUUACCAGGAGAGGAAGGAUCACUUCAAAACAGGUUGUGUGCACAGAGAUGUGCACUGUAGUGUUGACCAUAAUGGCAAAAAAGUGGAGACAACGUAAGUGUUCUUGAUUCUUGGAGUAGGGGUCACGUAUGGGGAGUUGUUGUGUGCCUCUGAGUUGAUUCCGACUCAUAGUGACCCUAUAGGACAGAGUAGAACUGCCCUAUAGGGUUUCCAAGGAGUGGCUGGUGGAUUCGAACUGCCGAUUUUUUGGUUAGCAGCCUGAGCUCUUAACCAGUUGCCACCAGGGCUCCAUGGGGAGGAGAAGUUGGACCAUUUAGGGUACAUGUGUACAAUGAGAUAUUAAGCAACUAUUUUAAUGAAUAAGGCAGAACUAAAUGUCCAAAAAAAGGUGUCCAGUUAAAGAUAGUGCGAUGCUAUUUAUGUAAAAAAAAAAAGGGGGGGGGAUGUGAACAUGCACACACGAUAUAUCUAUCUGUGGAAUAAUUUUGGAAGGAUACAUCACGAAUUUAAUAUUGGUUAUCUCUGGGGAGUGGACUGAGAAGUCAGGAGUGGGAGUUUUUAUCUUUUACUUAAAUUUUGUCACUGCUUUAAUUUUUUUUUAACAUGAGUGUAUUAUUUUUAUUAAAAAAAAAAAAAACCUAGUUAAAUAAGUUAUCUUUGGAUUGCAAUGGGAAGAGUUAACUCUAAACAAUUCCCCUUCCAGAGUGGGGGCAGGAGGCAAGGUGGAGGAGGGUGCCGUGGGUCGGGGAUGAGGUGACUUGAAGGCAUCCAUUUCCCUUCACCAUGUGUUCUUGGCUCUCUCCUCGCUGACCCCUGGCCAAACCAAACGACCUUCCAGCUCUGUCCAUGAGGUGGAGAUUAGACGGAGCAUGAGAAUGUUCUGAAUGAUAGCCCUCAGAGUGACUUAUGUUUGGACUUCUUGGACAGUCACUGACCGCUGCCACAAUUGCCACCAAGCCCCCUUUGGAGGCCGGCCAUAUACCCAGCAGCACCCAACACAGCACUGACCACGUAGUUAAGGACUCCGUAGUUUGGGGGCCAAUCAGGUUACUGUCUCACUCAAAAAUUGCCAAUGGCUCACCACUGCUUACUGUAUGAAGUCCAAAUGUAUUGCAGUUUAGCAUUCAAGGCUUUCUGUGGUUCUGCCUCACUCUACCCUUCCAACCUUAUUUACUGAUUUCUCAGUAUACACCAGCACUGCCUGGGUUCAAAGCCUGGAUUUGCUGCCUACCAAUGUGACCUUGCACAUGCCACUUAACCAUCCCGUGCCUCCAUUUCCUCAUCUGGAAAACAGGGAGGACAGUAAGGGCAUCCACUUCGUAGGGCUGACAUGGGGAUUAGAUAUUUAUGAAUGUUUGUAGAAAGGUACCUGGCAUGUAGCAGUGCUCCUUAAAUGCUGCCUACUUCGGUUUUCCUACUUCCCCACCCUUAUUCCAUGGCUCUGGCUGGAAUGCUUGUUGUGGUCAAAGGCCUAUCCAUCUUUCAGAGCCUGUAUCAGGCAGCACUCCCACUAUCAGGCCUUCCCUAAUUGCCCUCCGAUAUCAGUGGUUCUCAGACUUUCAGAAUCACCUGGGUAACUUGGCAAAAUGCAGAUCCCUGUGCCCAAGUCCUAGAGGUGUGGCCCAGGAACCUGCACCCGGGUGAUACUGACCUGAGGGCCACACUUGGAGAAACAGGCCUUACCUGGGCUUCCUCUUUGAGCCCACCAGCACUGUGUUUUGCUUUCUCGUGGUGCUUUUUACAGGUAAGUAGCUGGGAACUGACCUUACUCUGCUCCUCCCAGGGUACAGGCUCGGUUCUUCCCGUUUUUCUAUCUUCCAUAACACCUCAUGAAUGUUAGGCUCCUGAUAAAUUCCCAUGGACUAUUCGUGACCCGGAAACCCUGGUGGUACAGUGGUUAAGAGCUACGGCUGCUAACCAAAAGGUCAACAGUUUGAAUCCACCAGGCACUCCUUGGAAACUAUAGGACAGUUCUAUUCCAAGUCAGAAUCGACGGCAAUGUAUAUGAUCAGUGACCUGCUAGAAAGAAACCCUCACCAUCUUUUGCCUCCUCCACCCUCUCCUAUUACUAGUGUGAGUGGGCACAGGCGAGGACACAGUGGUGUAGCUGAUGCCACUUGGCCCAUAGAUCUCACACAGGCUCCUUGGCUUCUCCAAGGUACAUCUUCCCUUAGCUAUGUAGCGAGAGCAGUUCACUUGGGUUUUCUAUUUGGAAAGGAAGUGAAAAGCCUUCCUCAAUUAGGGGUGCCAUCCAUCACCUCAGAACCUCUACAAAUGGAGCCUUACCUGGCCACCCCAAAGGUAGGUCCGAGCACUAUGUAGGUCCGAGGUGGUGGCUGGGCAUCUGACCAAGCCCUCCAGGUGAUUCUGAUGACACGCUUGAUUGGGAACUAGUUCCAAUUUCUCAAUCCAGGCUGUACUUGAGAAAGGCAUGAAGUGGGGGCACGGGUGGCCUUUGAGGAGCUAGGACCCUCCCCCAGCCUAGCCAACCUCUGGAUCUCGGGUCCAGCUGCUCAUUUCACCCUUGUGAAGUUGUCGUUAGCUGCCGUAGAGUUGACCCUGACUCAUGGCGACCUCACGUGUGCAGAGUAGAACUGCACUCCAGAGUGUCUCCAAGGCUGUGACCUUUUUCAAACAGAAAGGCCUAUCCUUCAAGGAGCCUCUGGUGAGUUCCAGCCACCAACUUUUUGGCCUGCAGUUGAGCACUUAACCAUCUGUGUCACUUGAGGGCCUCCCUUGUCAAGAGGAGCGGGAAAUGCAGCCCCAAGGCGCUACGUACAGUAAGUGUGCAGACGCUGCGUAAAGUCAGGCACCCUUGGGAAGGAAAACAGACUCAGGAGAAAGGGGGCUGGGACUGUCCUAGUGGGAAAGGCCAAGGUGCCCCGGGGGACUAAAACUCUUUCACUGAAAAGACAGUCUCUCCCCUCACUGACAGCUUCCAUACUCUCUGGGAAAUGAGGUCGUAAAUGCUGGAGCCCACCCUCGAGACGGCUUUCAAAGGCUUCUUCUGGAACCCUGCAGCCAGUGCAUAAGCUGCCUCAAAGAUGGGCUAGAAAUGUCCUAUUAUUUGUUUUGUUUCCUGAAAGUAUAUGAAUAAAAAGGGAGUGAAUGCUUCCGGUCAUGAACAGGAAAUUCAUCCCCCUCCACGACUCUGCCCUGGGAGCCUCGGAGAUUUCCUGAAGUUAUAAACAAACACCAUGGCUGUUUCUACUUCUUGCAAGAAUUCAAUUCUUCCUUUAUUAUAAAUAAGACAGCAUAAAAUACCAAGUGUCUGCAAAGAGGCCUCCACUUUCUGUUCAGACGCAGCUUUGGUACAUAAAAGAUCCCGUUUCCUUGCAGGGAUCUGUUGUCUAGGUAGAAACAAGAAAUCAGAAGGUGGUUUUUCACUGAACUUUCUCCCGGAAGCGAAGGGGAAAGCUGAGGGAGAUUUGGGUUUGGUUGUGGCUUUUGGAGCCUGGUUCUUGGUUGUUGGAGCCUCUUCAAAGCACAGUGGGAUAAGGACAGAGGGCACAAGAAAGGCAUGGGUGAUAAUAAAUAAGGAAAUUCACCUCAAUUCUGGAAAUGAAUCCCGAUGGAAAGAGGGUUCAGUUCUGGCUUUUGUGGACACACUUUGCAGGCCCAUCUCCUGGUGCGUGGCUGGCAGCUGCAGGCUGGGGAAGGCAGACGCACGCCUGCCCCUUCUAACUCCAGCCCACUCAGGAGGAAGGCCUCCCACAGGCUUCAGUGCCCUGCUCCCUGCUGAAUCUCCCCACCAUGAAUUAACCCUGCCUCACAAACUGUUCGUCUUCUCCAGCUUCCUGAGCCUAGGUGAGGGUACUCUGGGGGGUGGGGAGUGGGACAGCAAAAAACUCCUUUCUUCAGUUCUUGAGGAGCCCUGGACACCCCUGUUGAGUUGGGUAUCAUCUGGGGGGGCAUGGCCAGCUUCAACUCUGCAGGGAAGGUGAAGGUACAACCUCUCUCCUCUUGCUUCUGCAAGGGUCAAGGUGAUGCCACGGGAGGGAACCUCAAAGGGUCGGUGAAGCCAAGAGGCCCCCCAACUUCCUGAACCAGGCCUGGGGAUGGAGCCCAGCACAGGCCACAGGUUCUGGCACCCACCCCGUGACGGCAGCCCCCACCCCCCAGUUGCCUGGGGGUAUGCCCGCAGUGCUGUCCCUGUGUGGUCCUAGUCCGCUGAGCCUCUGCCAGGCUCUUCAGACCUGGGUCAUCUGUUCAGCCAGCAAGGCACAGGCAGAAAGGCUGGGUUCUGUGCAGUGAAGAAGCCCCAUUGGAGUGAAGAGCUGAAGGGCCUGGAGACUGUCGACCAGAGCUGGCUUUCCCCAGCAACUCUUGCUUCCAAGCAUACCCUAGGACUGGGACCCCAAGGAAAACACGAGGCUAUAGCAUCCCUCGCCUCUCAGCUCUGCAGAUUGCUCUGAAUAGGGGCUCCAGAGGCCAGACUGCACGCCAGAUGCCAGCACCCAGAGUCCAGCCCGUCCCAGGUACCAAUGUCUCUCUUGCUCUAGAUCAGCUCUCACCAUUCAGCAUUUGCCCUCCCCCGACCACGCUGACAGUCAGGGCAUCCUCUGUAGAGGGAAUAAAGAGGGGCGAGGGCCUCUGAGCUUGUACAGCAUCAUCUAUGGCACCCAUGGUGCUUGGGAUCCAGCACACUGGGGACGGGACGAGGAAGAGGAAGUGACCCUGAGUGAGAAGUGUAGCUGAAAAAGCGGCCAACUUUAAAAGUCUCUGCCACCAAGUACCCAUUUCUGUAUAACAGAGAUAUUAACCAUUUGGGACCUUGAAUCUCUACCAGGUCUUUUCUCCAAACAGUGUAAGAAAGUGGCAGCCACCACAGGAUCCCUAUUGUUGUGCAGGCUGUGAAUCAAGGGCUGUAAAUUCUGUCUCUAUUGGUGCUCUGGCUACAGGUGGCUGGGGCCAAGGCUUACUGGUUAUAGGGGUGCCGGGCCCCUCUUAAUACCAGUCCCUCUCAUCAUUCUUACAGAUUCUCUGUUGACAUUCAAGUAAAGACUGGACAUGUGAUGUAAAAACAUUACACUCAAGUCAACGUUUGAAUUGUCUCUAACUCGGUGUCCAUAGACGGUUUUAAUACCAUCUCGGUCAUUCAUGGUGAUCUAAAAGUUAAGCAGCAAAGGCUCAGUUCCUAAACAGACCCAAACAACAGCUUCACCACCAACUUCCAGCUUGGAAUUGUUUCCUCUGCUCUAUCGGACCUGGCUUUCCUGGCAGGAUGACCCAUGGCUCCCAACAAUGCCUGCCAUUUUUCCAGGACAGGCUUGCACAUGCUCACAGGGGCACAGACGUGGUGGGACGCCCUCCAGCCUGGCCCUUUAGGUCCUGGAAGCUCUAUAAGACCACAGCUUUUUGGGCCAGGCUGGCAUGGUCUGAAGGGAUAUGUAGGGAAUACUCGCUAAUGAGUGCUGGGGCGUUCCUGAGCAUCUCAUAGAA